UUGAAAUAAACUAUUGAAAAAAUUCAAAAAAUAUAUAAGAACAAAAACAGAGCACUUGCUAUUAUAUGAAGACCAAAACAGAACAUUUGUUUUAUAUAAACACUAAACAGUAAUACCAAGAACACAACAUUAAACAUGGAAAACUCUCGAUCAACUUUGAUCAUCUUCUUUGCUUACACAACAAUCAUAUUAAUCGGUUCUAUCAACUGUAGAGACAACAACAACAACAAUCUGGUAACAAACCAAUCCGCUUUGUUCGUGUUUGGCGAUUCUGUGUUCGAUGCCGGAAACAACAAUUACAUCGAUACUCUUCCCAGUUUCCGGUCUAAUUACUGGCCAUACGGCCAAACCACUUUCAAAUUCCCUACUGGAAGAGUCUCCGACGGUCGUACAAUUCCUGAUUUUAUUGCGGAGUACGCAUGGUUACCGUUGAUCCCAGCGUAUCUACAACCAAGUAACGGUAAAAAUCAAUUUCCCUACGGAGUUAGUUUUGCUUCCGCCGGUGCCGGAGCUUUAGUCGGAACCUUUCCCGGAAUGGUGAUAAAUUUGAAAUCACAAUUAAACAAUUUUAAGAAGGUUGAAAAAUUGUUGAGAUCUACGUUAGGAGAAGCACAAGGGAAGAUGGUUAUUUCAAGAGCAGUUUAUCUGUUUCAUAUCGGAGUCAACGAUUAUCAAUAUCCAUUCUCUACAAACUCUUCCAUUUUCCAAUCCAGUCCUCAAGAGAUAUACGUCGAUUUUGUUGUCGGUAACACAACGGCCGUGAUCAAGGAAGUGUAUAAAAUUGGAGGAAGGAAGUUUGGAUUCUUGAACAUGGGAGCGUAUGAUUGUGCACCGGCCUCAUUGAUUAUAGACCAAACAAAGAUAGGAACUUGUUUUAAGCCGGUCACCGAGCUGAUCAAUCUGCACAACGAGAAGCUUGAGAGUGGUUUGAGGCGGCUAGAGCGUGAACUAUCGGGAUUCAAAUACGCUCUUCAUGACUAUCACACUUCCCUAUCCGUACGAAUGAACAAUCCUUCCAAAUACGGUAACAAAACCUUUUGCAAUUUUAUGUAACAGAUUCUUUAGUAUAACUUUUUUUUUGUCAACAACUAUAUUAGAUUGACUCAUAUAAGCCAAUGAGUCUUUAGUAUAACCUUGUGAAUCAUUUUGUUUGAUUUAUAGGGUUUAAGGAAGGGAAAAUGGCAUGUUGUGGAACCGGACCAUUGCGGGGAAUCAAUACAUGCGGAGGCCGAAUGGGAGUAUCUCAAAGUUACGAGUUAUGCGAAAAAGUUACAGAUUACUUGUUCUUUGAUCAUUUUCAUUUGACUGAGAAAGCACAUCAACAAAUUGCAGAGCUGAUUUGGAGCGGGCCGACCAACGUCACUAAACCUUAUAAUCUCCAAGCGCUAUUUGAACUUAAUUAAGCUCAAUCACCAGUUGCACCUGGAUUUUCAUGUUUUUAGUGUGUGUGUUUUAUUGUCAUAAUGAUUGAUUAAUCUUUACAAUAAUAAUAAGAAUCGAAUAAGAAAUUGGCCAUAUGUAUGACAUCUUGCAGUUUUCUUACAUCAUUUUUCCUUGUCAAGUCAGAAAAAGUU